AUGGCGGACACAAAGUUUUGGCUCAAAUUUUUCAAUGAUGCCGGACUUCCGAAAGAAACCUCCAAACGUUAUACAAACUUGUUUUUUGAAAAUCGCAUAACCUUACAACAUCUUCGUUUCCUUGAUAAAGAUCUUCUUAAAGAAAUGGGAAUCAAUGCUGUUGGGGAUAUCAUUACGAUUCUGCAGUACUGCAAAUCUCUUGAUAUUGAUAAAAUAUCGGAAGCUCAUGCUGAUAUUGUUGUUACUUCGACCACUCCGAACUCGGAAAAACCGUCCAUCCUUCCUGGUCACGAACUGCCAGUUCCUUCAAGGCGCCGCGUUACGAGGGAAGUGGAGGGUCCUUACGUUGUUAAGCUUCCUGAAGGAAAGACCGAAAAAACUCGGCGUAUCCUUAAAAAAAUGGGUAUUGCUAUGCCUUUGCGCACUGUGGUAAUCACGGCUUCUCCAUCGUCAACCACCAACUCGGGUCCUGUUCAAGGAUGUCCUUUUGAUUUUGACGAAGAGAGUGAUGAUGAUAACGAGGAUUUCGAAGUCAUUAUAUCAAGUGCCAGUCCAGAUGUUCGAACUGCUAAUCUCGGCACCCGGUCCUGCGUUUCACGUCUCUCUGUCUUUGAUCGCCUCGGUGCGGAAGUGCCUAUUUCAUCACCUACUUCCUCUGCUACAUCAAGUGGCAAAACCACCAUUGCUCGAGUUGUUGAUCGCACCAUCGCUAGCAAUGCGGCAGAAGAUGCUCGUCUUCGUCGCGAUCCCGCUCGGACCGGCUCUCUAAAACGCUCCGCAAAUGAAUCAAUAUUUGCUCGCUUGGGUGCUGCCGGCAUCAAGACAGCGGAGGACGGGCCCAGUUUAGCCUACCAAGGUGUUUUAAAGCAUCCCAGGAUAUCAGUGCCUAAAGCAUUGUCACCAUCGCGACAGUCACAACACGGUAUUUCAAAAUCUCCUUCCAACCCUCAAGCGCGUGUCUCCGCAAAGAGUCGCCUCGGCUUUGCUCCCUCCGCGCCUAGCCCCACUCUUGACCGAUCGGCGGGCAUCUUUGCCACUGAGUUGCCGAGACAUGGCAAGUCCUUUAAUUUUUCUGUUGCCUUUCCAAUGCAAGUGCGUCAGAAGUUGGAACGGUUCUAA